AUGAUGUUGGCAGCGUGCAGUGUGUGGCUACUGUUGGUCUGUCUGGUGUUGUACAGCAGGCUGAAGGUUGCGGCUUCUGCGCCCACAUGCACCAACGGUCAGGCCGGCUGCCACGUCCUUUCUCUGGCCAACCUGUUUGAUCGGGUCAUCCAACACUCUGCCAGGAUGCAUGGCAUCUCCAACGACCUCCACUCCGAGUUUGAGCUUUACUUCCUCCCCAGUAAGAAUCAGAUCGGCCGGGUCAGCCGCAACUGUCACACCUCAACAAUCCUCACCCCAAAUGGCAAAGAGAACGCUCAGAGGAUGGCGAGAGAGGAGCUGACAGAGGUGAUCCUAAAGCUCUUGGUGGCCUGGGGAGAUCCUCUUUGGCAUUUUCACCAGAGUUUGGCUCACAACCAUGAAUUCAGCAACUUCAGCUCCAACAAGUCUCUAGAGAUGAGCGACAUGGUGCAUGAGCUACGCAAAGGUGUACAGAAAGUCAUUGAGAAGAUGAAGAUGUUGGGAAUCAUGGGUAACUCCCUCGGCGGCCUGGGUUCCUCCGAGUCCUUGCUGGCUCCUGUCAGCGCUGAGUGGCGCCUUAUGAAGGACUAUGACCUCCUGUACUGCUUUCGCAGGGAUUCCAGCAAAAUCCAGAACUACCUGAAGAUCCUGAAGUGUCGCAUCGUUCCGGAGCACGGAUGUUAA